UUCCCGUGCGUUUUUCCAGAAAACCCUGAAUAACGUAAGAUUGUUUGAGCCCCUUCGCCGUGAAGUUCAAAUUACAAUACCGCCACUAAACAAAGCCUGCACGGCUGCACCCGUGACCCGUCCCGGCAGUCGCCGCCGCGUAUCUGUAAAAAGCGGACGGGAAAUGGAUAGAGCUCCCCUUGCUCAGUGAUCGGAGGAGGAGAUACAUAUCCAGGGAGCUCCUCUUUAACUAAUUUCAUAUUUCUGGUUUCACUGUCUGAACGAGUGCAGGAAUCCAAGCGACGAAAAGCCCGCACUGGAUGAUUCGAAGGCAUCCAAGGCGGGUUUCUUUUUCUGUAUUAUUUCAUCAUUAUGACUCCUAUUUAAGAUUGAGACAAUCUUAGAACUCGUCAUGGUUGCUCAAUCAGAAUCGCAUAAAAAGAGCUUAGUCAGCGUUUUCCCUCUCGCUGGAAAUGCUUACAGCACAGUUGGGGUUGUGCCACCUAAGGAUUCUGAGCUCGACCUCAAGCACCAUCUUCUCCAUGUCAACAAUCAUAAGAACAAAAAUCAUCUUGUGUUCCCUGAUGUCGGUCGAGCCUUUCAGGAUUUUAUCAACAGUAGAGAGUUCCGUGAGUUUCUUAGCGGUGCUUUGGCUGGGGCUAUGACCAAAGCUGUUCUUGCUCCCCUUGAAACCAUCAGGACACGGAUGGUGGUUGGUGUAGGUUCCAAAAAAAUAGGUCAGAGUUUUAUCCAAGUUGUUGAGGAGCAUGGAUGGCAAGGGCUAUGGGCGGGGAACAUGGUUAACAUGUUACGAAUAGUUCCCACACAGGCAAUUGAGUUUGGAACAUUUGAGUUUGUUAAACGAGCAAUGGCUUCAUCACAAGCGAGGUGGGCUGAGUCCGGUGGACCAAAGCUUCAAAUAGGUCAAAUUAGCAUCGGUUUUUCUCUGGCGUGGCUCUCUCCAGUUGCCGUGGCUGGUGCAGCUGCUGGUAUUGUGAGUACGCUUGCAUGCCAUCCGCUUGAAGUUCUGAAGGAUCGCUUGACUAUAAGUCCUGAGAUAUACCCAAGUAUAAGCAUUGCAGUAAGCAAAAUGUAUAAGGAUGGAGGGAUUGGUGCAUUGUAUUCUGGUAUUGCACCCACAUUGGUCGGCAUGCUCCCAUACAGCACAUGCUACUAUUUUAUGUACGAUACUAUAAAGAAAUCCUAUUGUGAGGCAAAGAAUAAAGAAUCUUUAAGCCGUGGCGAGAUGCUUCUACUUGGGGCUCUUUCAGGCUUGACAGCAAGCACUAUUAGUUACCCGUUGGAGGUGGCGAGGAAGCGUUUAAUGGUAGGUGCCUUACAAGGGAAGUGCCCACCGCACAUGGUAGCUGCGCUAUCAGAAAUUGUCAAGGAGAAAGGACUGAUGGGUCUUUAUAGAGGUUGGGGAGCAAGUUGUUUGAAAGUGAUGCCAUCUUCAGGGAUAACCUGGAUGUUCUAUGAAGCUUGGAAGGAUGUAUUAGUCAGGCAGUGACUCUUGACUGUACCUGCUUUCCUUUCUGGGAGCGGUAGUGUACACUGUCGAUAUUGUUCAAUUCAUUAUGAGCCUUUUUUAUAUUGGUGCAUUUUCUGUAGCACCUAGAUGGAAUUUUAUUUGUAUUCCCCCUUUUUGAUCCUCAUGAAGGAAAAACAACCAAAACACUGAUUAGCUUUUCCAAAGAAAGACAAAGCAAAUUUUGUUAUUGUGUAAUGUAUAUGAUCCUCUGUGAUUUUACAUUA